CCGACGCCAUUACAUUGAUUUCGUGGCGACAGUUCUAUCGUGCGGUUGUAUGAACAGUGGGUGUAUAGAGACGCGCAUAUCACAGCAGGACAAGCCCGAGUCACAACUAGACCAGCCACAUACUGCGUGCCAGAACGAUGAAGACCCUGCUCAUAUGCAUCAUCGCUUCCGCGAUAGGUGCUUCGGCGCACAAAUCCGCCGAAGUGACCGUCAAAGACAGCUUCAAUGUGCUUAUCACUGGAGCAACCGAGGGAUACGUGGUCAGUCCUGGAUUCGCGAACGGCACGAGUUACCCGGAAGAUUUUUACGGCAGUGUGACGAUUGAAUCGUCAAAAAGGAGAAGGUACGUGAAACUGUACUUCGAAGACGUGGACCUCGACGCGAUGAACUACUGCAGCGGAGACAGGCUCGAGAUAUGGGAAACCUUGAUCGUCACGAACCGCCGAAGGCUCUCCUUCUGCGGUUCGCACCGGCCCCGACCCUGGGUUUCCCUCGGCGGCAAAAGCGUCAAGAUUGUCUUCAAGACAGACGGAAUGUUGGCAGGAAGAGGGUUCAGGAUUCGGUACAAUGUCACCGCUGAUAGAGACCUCUGUGACAAAGAUCAGUUCCAGUGCAAGAACCGUCAAUGUAUUCGUCUCACCGGCAUUUGCGACGGCAUCAUCGACUGCGCUGAUGGAUCUGACGAAAAGUCUUGCAGAGCUGGAGCCAACGGAGCACUGAAGAGUAUCCUGGACGUUCCGUGCGGUACGCCAGUGCAUCUGCCCAACAAGCACACCGAGGACAGGCUCGUGGGAGGCACCGAGGCUGUGCCCCACUCGUGGCCCUGGCAAGUCAGCCUCGGCGAGGCCGAGUUCGAGGGGAUCGGCCACUUCUGCGGAGGGUCGCUCAUCUCCAGCCAGUGGGUGCUCACCGCCGCGCACUGCUUGGAAGAUCGCACCGCGGAGGACGUCAUCGUUAUUCUUGGCGCGCACAGUCUUCUAGACAUCGGCGACGUCAUCACACGCAAAGCUGACACGCUUCUAGCGCACUCUAACUACAGCGCUUUGAACAAGAACUACGAUAUUGGCCUGGUCAAGCUUGACAUGCCCGUAAACUUCACCGACAAAGUGAGGCCUAUUUGUCUGCCAGAAAGAGGCAACGAUUUGCUUCGGAACGGCGAGUGCUUUGCAACUGGGUGGGGACAGACAAGAGGAAGCGGAAGUUUUGCGACGCUCAAGCAAGCCCACAUGAGUGAAUUGCCCUUCCAAGAGUGCCGAAACGCCGGUGGUCUGGUCUUCAAGGAGCUGGACGAGCACAACACCUUCUGCGCGGGCGACCCUCACGGAGAGCACGGUGUUUGCCAUGGGGACAGCGGCGGCCCGCUGUUCUGCGCCAAGGAUGGCACCGGUUGGAGCGUGCAGGGCGUCGCCAACGCCGUCCUGAAGAGCACAGACUUGGGGACGCUGUGCGGCGUCGGCAGCGACUCAUUCUGGAACAGGGUCAGCGCUCACCUGACCUGGAUCCGCCAUGUCACUCGCGUCCUGUAGCACUUUCAUCAGUUUGUAGCGCGUUGUUCUGUAGCUGAUCCAGGGCGUCCAGCCAGCCCGGCGUGCAAAAUUUGCACUGUGAUUAGCAUGAUCGAGCCAAUGAGCGAAGAGACAAGUUUCCCUUAGCAGGAAGAGAUGACCGUUUCGGCAAUAAAGUGCUGCGGGACUGUUGGAUUUCGA